AUGAUCAACAAGCUCCGCUAUCUCUUACUGUUUGUUCUUUUUAUUGGUUUUUUUCCAAGCGUUCCGGCUUUUGAUAACAGUUCUUCAGCGUACGAAGACACUGAUCAUCUUCAAUUCCUUCAACCUGACUUCGGUAGUCGUAACGGCUUUACGUAUCCAGAUGGCACAGGGUUGAUGCAAUUGCAACGUAUUAAUAAUGUUACACUUCUACCUGAAAAUAACUUGUAUAUUCGUCUGCUACAUCCAAAUGGCACGUUGACGAAAUUUACUGUACCAACAUACAACACUAUAAACCAACCGCAUGCUUUCCCGCUCAAUGACGGAUAUGUGUUAGUAACGCAGAAAAAAGACGACCAAAUUGUACGUGGAAAGUUGGUUGAUUGGAAUGGCCAGAUAUUACAAAGCGAUGUGAUGCUUACCGAUGGUCUUACCAACAACACUGAAGCACUCGUAAAAGCCACAGAUAAAGAUUUUCUUGUAACAGUAAUGGACUUUUCUGGUGAACUUCAGUGGAAAAUUUUUAGCGCAUUCAAUAGCACGGGUCAAAUAACUGAAUUGUACAAAGGCAGUAUCACGGGAUAUGAUAACAACUCCCUGGCGGACUACUCAAUUUUUUCCACCACGGAAGGCAGUUAUGGCAUAGCCACUUUAGAAAUCGUAAAACCCGAAAAAAAAAUCGAAAAAAAUCCGAAAUUUAUCCACUCUUCUCCACAAUCGUUUUUAUAUGUUAGGGUGGCAUUCCUAUCUAGUGGUUCUGUAACUGAUGUCAAUGUGAUAUUGACUGAUGUAGGGAAAGCUCGAAAGUAUAUAGCUGGAAUACGGCCGUUGCCUUAUGGCGGCUUUUUGUUUCUAGAAUGGAUCUUAAACACAACUGAUAGUAGUGAUACAUAUAUUGGAACUGUCAAGGCUAGUAAUGGGACGACUGUAACCACUUUUCCAUUCGGUCCAGAUACUAAUCUUGACUCCAUGAUUGCAAAGCUUGCUGAGCUCAUUCCUAUUGAUUCAUCGCGUAUAACCACUAGCAGACGCAAUCAACCUGACCCUAAUGCAUCAGAUCAGAUAUUGUUUCAAGUCACUUUCAAGCCAACUGAGGAUCUGUCACAGAAAACAGGACAGCAGAUUAUUGAUGAUCUUGAUGAUUUAAUUCGGAAUAAAGCUUAUAAUUCGUUUUCACAGGAGCACCCUACUAUUUAUCUUGAUGAAACUUAUGGGUUUUCACCUAUUGCCAAUUUAUGGGAAACUUACAAAUUUAAAUUAAUUGGGUUGGUUGCUGCUCUCUUGAUAUUAUCAAUAAUAUACUUUUUUGCAAGACGGAAGUAUCCAGAGGGCCACAACUUUGUUGUCAUAAAGCUUGCACUAAUACUUAUAGAUCUGAGUCUUGAUAUAGCAUUUGUACUCUCAAGUGCAAGGAAUGUCCCACAAAUAUAUACACCAAGGUAUUUCCAUCCAUGA